AUGGCCGACUUUCUCCGGGGCCGCAAUGGCAUGCCGGUCCGGCAAGCGAUCGAGCUCGGGAAGCGCGUCGAGUUCUUCCGCGGUGACAAGCUCGGCAAGUUCCUCAUCAACCACGACUCGGCGAGCAAGUACUGCGUGGCGCCGGUCACCUCCAAGGACGACGCGCUCGAGAUGGGUCGUCUCCUCGUGACGCAUGGCUUCAUCCACAAGUCGGAGCGCGAUGCCAAGAACAAGAAGCUCUUGCAGCCGUCGCAGAGCCACGAGUUUACGGCCGACGGCUUCUACACGUGGAUGUACGAUGGCCCCAAGACCGUCACGUUCCUCAUUGUCAUCAUCGUCUUCUGUAUCGUGCGGCUCUUCGCCUUCUUUAUCCUCUGGCUCGCGGGCAUUGAGUUUUGGUUUCUGCCCAACAUCUUUGACGACAACCUCGGCGUCAUUGACUCGUUCAAGCCGCUCUACAGCCUCCGCAAGACAGACCCGUCGGAGACCAAGUACCGCGCCUUGGCGCUUCUUGCGUUUAUCGGCUUUUGCAUCUGGGUCGCGCAGCAGCCGACCGACUUUGACGAGUACAUGGCGCUCACCAAGCAGUUUACGGACGAUGUGUACAGCGGGAAGCUCCUCGACGACAUGAGCCAGAAGGACAAGGAAGACAUUGACAAGCUCAAGGUCCCCGACCUCGAAGAGCUCAUGCGCGACGACGCGUCCGACAUGUUUGCCGACAAGGACGAAGACUCGAUCUUUGACAGCUUUAUGGAGCAAAAGUACUUUUCCGAAGACGCCGACGCCGACGACGACGUGCGCGACGACUUGUAG